AUGCGGUUCGGCGACCAACUCCAGCAGGUCCUCCAGUCGACCGGGUCCUUCACGGGCUACCGGCCGCCCUUCGAGCUGGGCCAUGGCUACCUCACUGCGACAAAGUACUUCAAACAGCCACUAUGCGGUAACGAAGAGGGCUGGGGGCCCCUGAGCCCUUUUCGGUACGACUUCACGCCAUGCUUCCUCGAUGUGUGGGUUUGCACUGUGGCUGUCUUCGGCAUCGUCUGCGGAGCUCUGGCAAUAUGGUACGUUCUACGAAGACACAAGCCGGCAGAGAUAUCCAAAGAUUGGCACUUUUGGACGAAACAGUCUCUACUCGUCCUCAUUGCCGCCGAUAUCGCUGUCCAGCUUGCUAUCCAGAUUGUCAACCUCCCCGGGAUAUGGUUCGGCGAUUUUCGAUUCCUGACAACACUUCUGACGCUCCUAUCGCUCGGUGUGAUCUUUACGAUACAAUGGCUUGAACAUUCCCGCAUGAGGAAUGCCAAUGGCGUGGUUUUGUUCUAUUGGCUGCUUCUAUUGAUCGCAUAUGCUGUCAAGCUUCGAUCUUUGGUCUCUCAGCAGAUAUACGAAAAGAAUAUUCCGUACUUUGUGGCAUACACCAUUGGCUUCGGUCUCUCGACGAUUGAGUUUCUCCUAGAAUGGCUUUGGCCCAAGAGAGCAAGUGCAUAUGGAGCUCUGGUGGAUGAUGAAGGGGAGGAAUGCCCUGUCGAAUAUGCGACGAUUUUCUCCCGCCUCACCUUCUCAUGGAUGACUCCCAUGAUGAAGUUUGGAUACAAAAAGUUCCUCGCCGAACAGGACCUAUGGGGACUUGCCCCAGCCGACAAGACGUCUACCACAGGAGAUCAGUUCGAAAAGGCAUGGCAAUACGAGUUGGAGCACAGGAAAAAGCCUUCCUUAUGGAUUGCCAUGUUCAAAUCAUAUGGUGGGCCUUACUCAGUUGCCACGCUCUUCAAGAUCAUCAACGACUUGGCGGCUUUUGCGCAGCCGCAACUGCUACGCUACCUCAUCAGCUUCGUGGAUUCCUACGGUAAGGGCAAAGAGCCACAACCUCCAGUCAAGGGCGCUGCUAUUGCGAUUGCCAUGUUCGCCGUGGCCUUGUUGCAAACUAGCAUGAUCCACCAAUACUUCCAACUGGCCUUUGUAACAGGCAUGCAUAUCAAGUCAGGCUUGGCAUCAGCCAUUUACAAGAAGUCGUUGAAGCUCUCGAACGAAGGCAGAGCGACAAAAACGACGGGUGACAUCGUCAACUACAUGGCUGUUGAUGCGCAACGUCUCCAGGACUUGACGCAGUUCGCCCAACAACUUUGGUCUGCCCCAUUCCAAAUCACCAUCUGCAUGAUCUCACUGUAUCAGCUUGUUGGUUGGUCUAUGCUCUCUGGAGUUGGUGUGAUGCUUGUCAUGAUUCCCAUUAACGGUUUCAUCGCAAAGCUCAUGAAGCGUCUGCAGAAACAGCAAAUGAAGAACAAGGAUUCGAGGAGUCGUCUCAUAGCAGAGAUUGUCAACAACAUGAAAAGCAUCAAGCUCUAUGCUUGGAGCACAGCCUUCAUGAAUAAGCUCAACUAUGUCAGAAACGACCUCGAGCUGAAGAAUCUGCGCAAGAUCGGUGCCGGACAAGCCUUCGCCAACUUCACUUGGUCUACAACACCAUUCCUGGUGUCGUGCUCGACUUUUGCUAUUUUCGUGUGGACACACGAUGUUCCACUGUCAACGGAGAUAGUUUUUCCGGCACUGGCACUGUUCAACCUGCUCACUUUCCCGCUUGCUGUCUUGCCCAUGGUCAUCACGUCAAUCAUCGAAGCAAGUGUUGCCGUCGGCCGCCUGACGGAAUACCUUGCCGCCGAAGAAGUACAGUCCGACGCAAUUACCAUCGGCCCUGCAGCCGAAGAAGUUGGAGACGAAGUGGUUGUCAUCCGCAACGGAACAUUCUCAUGGAACCGGCACGAGCCAAAGAAUGUUCUCAAAGGCAUCGACUUCACUGCUCACAAAGGAGAGCUUACGUGCGUCGUGGGUAGAGUCGGUCAAGGUAAAUCCUCGCUGCUACAGAGCAUUCUCGGCGACCUAUGGAAGGUAGAAGGAAGUGUCCAGGUUAACGGGAACGUCGCAUAUGUGGCUCAGCAACCAUGGAUCAUGAAUGCAACCGUAAAGGAGAACAUCAUUUUCGGGCAUCGGUAUGACUCGAAUUUCUACGAAAAGACAGUCAAGGCAAGUGCGCUAGUUGAUGAUUUCGCACAGCUACCGGACGGCGACGAAACUGUGGUUGGCGAAAGGGGUAUUUCCUUGAGUGGUGGUCAAAAGGCUCGAGUUGCUCUCGCGCGGGCUGUGUACGCCCGAGCCGACAUCUACCUACUUGACGAUUGCUUGUCUGCGGUCGAUUCUCACGUCGGGAGGCACAUCAUCGAGAACGUGUUGGGGCCGAAAGGUCUACUGAGCUCCAAGUGCCGAAUCCUUGCCACCAACGCUAUCUCGGUUUUGACAGACGCGGAUUAUAUCUGCCAACUUAAGGACGGUGAGAUCGUUGAAAGCGGAACUUUCCGCCAGCUGAUGGCAAUGAAGGGAGGGAUUUCGGAUCUUAUCAAGAGCUCCGGACAGGAGUCUGGUCCAGCAUCCUCGUCUCCCAGUCCUGAAGGAUCAGGAAGCGAAACGUCGAGCUACACUGAGCCGGAUCGCAGCCAAGAUAAAGAAGAGAUGGAGGAGGCUCAAGAGGGCCUCGCCGAGCUGGCUCUCAUCAGGACCGGACCGUCUUCGGGCGGGCAGAAGCGGGCGGGCAGCAUGUCGACACUGAGGCGUGCCAGUGCUGCUAGCUUUAGGGGGCCCCGAGGCAAACUGACCGAUGAGGAGGAUCCUAGCGCCAAGACCAGACAGACCAAAGAACACUCGGAACAAGGCAAGGUCAAGUGGAAUGUCUACGCCGAAUAUGCCAAGACCAGCAACCUCGGAGCUGUCAGUAUCUACCUGUUUACCCUGGUUGCGGCCCAGACUGCCCAGAUUGGCGGCAGUGUGUGGCUCAAGAACUGGGCAGAGAGGAACAGCGAGGCGGGAGGCAAUCCAGAGGUUGGGAAAUACCUUGGCAUCUACUUCGCUUUUGGUAUUGGAUCCGCCGCCUUGACGGUUGUGCAGACUUUGAUUCUGUGGAUUUUCUGCUCCAUCGAAGCCUCGAGGAAGCUACACGAAAGAAUGGCAACCGCUAUAUUUCGGUCCCCUAUGUCGUUCUUCGACACAACACCAGCCGGAAGAAUCCUCAAUCGAUUCUCGAGCGACGUGUACAAGCUUGAUGAAGUCUUGGCCAGGACAUUCAAUAUGCUCUUCGUGAACUUUGCACGCUCCGCUUUCACACUGGUUGUUAUCUCAGUCGGCACUCCAAUUUUCGUCGCUUUAAUUGUCCCAUUGAGUGCAGUGUAUUAUUGGGUCCAGCGAUACUACCUUCGGACGUCACGAGAACUCAAACGAUUGGACAGCGUCAGCCGCAGUCCAAUCUAUGCUCAUUUCCAGGAGUCAUUGGGCGGUAUCAGCACCAUUCGGGCAUACCGGCAGCAGGAGAGGUUUGAGCUCGAAAACGAGUGGCGUGUUGAUUCGAACCUGAGGGCUUACUUCCCAUCCAUCAGCGCCAAUAGAUGGUUGGCUAUCCGUCUAGAGUUUCUUGGGGCCGUCAUCAUCCUCGGAGCUGCAGGAUUCGCCAUCAUCUCAGUUACGAACCACAGUGGUUUGAGUGCCGGCAUGGUGGGAUUGGCCAUGUCAUACGCUCUACAGAUCACGACAUCACUCAACUGGAUUGUUCGCCAGACCGUCGAGGUGGAGACAAACAUCGUAUCCGUGGAACGAGUGCUGGAGUAUGCUCGCUUGCCAAGUGAAGCUCCUGAAAUCAUUCACCGACACAGACCCCCGGUUGCCUGGCCCGCGAACGGUGCGGUACAGUUCCACAACUACAGCACCCGCUACCGCGCUGGCUUGGAUCUGGUUCUGAAAAACAUCAACCUGGACAUUAAAUCGCAUGAGAAGAUUGGUGUGGUCGGGCGGACCGGGGCGGGGAAAUCCUCCCUGACGUUGGCCCUGUUUCGCUUGAUAGAGCCUGAUACCGGAGACAUCAGUAUCGACAAUCUGAACACCUCCACAAUUGGGUUGCUGGAUUUGCGAAGGCGCCUCGCUAUAAUCCCUCAGGACGCGGCUCUUUUCGAAGGCACAGUUCGGGAUAAUCUGGAUCCCGGCCAUGUCCACGAUGACACAGAGCUAUGGAGUGUGCUAGACCACUCGCCACCCCCCUUCUUAACCCAGGCUAAUCCAAUUGCGCACGCAGACCACGCGAGACUGAAGGAGCAUGUGUCAAACAUGGACGGUGGCCUUGAGGCUAGGAUCAACGAAGGAGGAUCCAACCUUUCUUCAGGUCAACGCCAAUUGAUCUCCCUAGCUCGUGCUAUGCUUACACCAUCCAACAUCCUAGUCCUGGAUGAGGCGACUGCAGCCGUGGACGUGGAGACAGACGCCAUGCUGCAGACCACGCUGCGGUCCGACCUGUUCUCACACCGCACCAUCAUCACUGUUGCUCACCGUAUCAACACCAUCCUUGACAGUGAUAGAGUAGUGGUCCUCGACAAGGGCGAAGUGGUCGAAUUCGACACACCUCAGGCACUUCUCAAGAAAAAGGGCGUGUUCUACGGCUUAGUCAAGCAGGCUGGUCUCGACACGGAGUAG